AAAAUCUCACUUGGCAAAACAACAAGGAAAAAGGCAAAGGAUUCAGGAAACCGGAAGCAGCAGCAUUCAAGAAACCAGAAGCAGAAGCUUUCCAGAAACCAGAAGCAGAAGCAGAGGCAUUCAAGAAACUAGCUACUCCCAGCUCACAUACACUCGAUCUACACCCUUCUGGCAAGGAUGAGCAGCGCACUGCUCUCCUUCCCAAGCUCCUCCUCCUCUCUGUUCCUCACAAAGCAGAUCCCCGCUGCCAAGGGAAGGGCAGCUGCAGCUGUGAGGUGCAGCAGCGGGCCCACCCUGUCAGGGACACAUGAGGAGGAGAGUGAGAGGGUGGCCUUGGUAGGGAGGAGGCAUGCAUUAGCUUCUACAGCAGCAGCUUGUGGAGUUUCAGUGCUUGGCUUUGCAGGUGAUGGCCUAGCAGUGGUCAAGCAGGGCCUGCUGGCUGGGAGGAUCCCUGGGCUGUCUGAACCUGAUGAAAAUGGUUGGAGAACAUACCGUCGGCCAGAUGAGAAGUCCGGCGGCCACGGUGUCGGUUGGAGCCCCAUCAUCCCCUACAGCUUCAAAGUUCCUGGUGGUUGGGAAGAGACACCGGUGUCGAUUGCUGAUCUUGGCGGCACAGAGAUCGACCUGCGGUUCGGGAACCCUAAGGAGGGCCGAUUGUCUGUCAUUGUGGCACCCACUGCCAGGUUUGCAGAUAACCUUGACGAUGCCACAAUCGAAAAGAUUGGCUCGCCAGCAAAGGUGAUCAACGCCUUUGGACCAGAGGUCAUAGGCGAAAAUGUGGAAGGGAAGGUCUUGUCCACGGCAACAUCGGAAUAUUCAGGAAGAACUUACUACCAGUUUGAGCUGGAACCACCGCACAUCUUCAUCACAGCUACUGCUGCUGGGAACAGGCUCUACCUAUUCAGUGUAACUGCAAACGGUUUGCAAUGGAAGAGGCAUUACAAGGAUCUGAAGCAAAUAGCAGAAUCAUUCCGUGUAGUUUAAGGUUCCAUGGAUUCAAUCAUCACAUACUAUUUUUGUAUAAUUAGGCAAAAUGAGUGAUGCUAUAUGUAGAGUGAGGACAAGUACACAUCAUUUCUUAUGAUGAUUUCUCAGAGCUGAACCAGUUGAGCAUUGUAUGUGAACUCCUAGUUACCAAAAAAAAAGGACCUAAAGCACGCAAUUUCAGCGGCAUAAA